CCAUCUCGUGCGUCGUACGAUUCGACGACGUAUACGCGAGGCUUCCUUCAUAAACAACACCGAUGGCCGGAUCAGCUUCUGGGAAAUCAAAUGCGAAACAGGCUGCCGUGAUAAGGUCGUCGAGAGGACCGAGGAGUCGCGCGAGAGCGGCAUGUCUGAAUUGUCGAGAGAGGCAUAGUAAGUGCGAUGAGCAGCGGCCGGAGUGUCUGAAUUGUAGGCGGUUUGGGGAGCAGUGUCGGUAUGAGGAGAGGAAUGUGUUCAUUAUGGAAGCGUACAAUGCGACGCUGGCGAAGGAUCAGUCGAUACCGAGAACAUUGGCUAGGAGACAUACGAUGCCCGGUGGAGGUGUGAUCCAGCGUGAUCUGGUCUUCCAAGAUGAGACGUCGUCGAUAUCUUCCGAAUAUCGCGUCCUAGCAAACUCUCCUCCGCCACCAACACCACAAUUUCCAUCGCCUGCACCACUUACAAUUCAGCACGAAUCAGUCGAAUCACCCAUCCACGCACCCUCUACCGAAGACUACAUCAGGCGCCACUCCUUCUCCCCAAACACCCUCCCCCUAACCUCCCCCUCCAUCGCCUCCAUCGCAAGUCCCGCGGUCUCAGUCCACCAACCACCACCUCAACCCAUCACAGACCCGACCGACACCUUCUUCUUCCGACGCUUCGUGGAGAUCAUCGCCGUUUGGUUCGACCUUUUCGAUCGCGAGAAACAUUUCGCGUUGGUGUUGCCGCAUAUCGCACUUGCGACGCCGGUGGUGAUGAAAGCCGCUCUCGCAUGUGCUGCGAGACAACAUUCUCUCGUGACGGGGUACCCAACCGAUCGUGCGCUAGAGUACUACAACGCCGCGAUCCACCUCCUUCUCCCUAUCCUCGCCUCCCCGACCCUCUCUUCUGACCCUGCGAUUCUCGCCGCAUGCCUGCUCCUCGGCCACUUCGAAAUGAUCGGUGAACGCUCCUCAGACUGGCAGUCCCACCUCUCCGGAUCUCGUGGUCUUAUCGUCAGCCAUGGUUGGGAUGGAUCGAGUGGUGGGUUGGCACAGGCUUCGUUUUGGAUUUAUGCCAGGAUGGAUACGUGGGCUGCUAUUGCGAGUGGGACGAGAAUCAGGCAUCCGUCACAUCUAUGGAGUCCGCCGCAGAUGGGAACGGGAAAAUUUGGGGAUUGGGCGAAUCGCAUUACGUAUAUUUUGGGGAAGGUGCACGAGUAUCAUGUUGAGGCACGAGAGGGGAGGGAAGAUGUUUCGAAGUGGAGGGAGUUACGGAGCGAGCUCGAUCGUUGGAAUAGGAGUCGUCCGGUUGUAGCUGAGCCGCUCAGCGUGUUUACGAACACCGCCGACUCCAUGACCGAUGAAUCAGGAGGUGGACAGUGUGUGUUUGAGGUGAGCACAUGGUAUGCUGACUCUGCCGUCGCCUCCGCGAUGCAGAUGUACGAUACCGCCAAGAUCAUCCUCUUCUGCGCACACCCGCUCUCCAACUCCUCCUCUGCUUUAUCUCCGGGGGCUGGGGCUACUUCACGCUACGACCUCUUCCUAACCCACCCUUCAAUCCCCCACGAAGCUCUCCGCGCAGCCCAGAGCAUCGCCGACAACUCUAUCCGCAACGAUGGGCACAUAGCCUGGGUUAACGCAACUGUCUCCCUUUUCAUCUCCGGUAGACUCCUUCAAAGCGCAGCUCAGAGAAAGGCGUUGGUGAAGGUGUUAGAGGAUGUGAGGAGUGAGACGGGGUGGUAUGUCAAGGAGAGAAUGGAGUGGUUGGUUAGGGAGUGGGGAUGGGAGGGGGCUGCGUGGAGGGACAUGGGGGAGGGGGAGUUGGAGGAGUUGGCGGGGAGGAGGGUGGAUUCUGGGGGUGUUGAAAGGGCGUUGGUGAGGAUGUUUGAGGGUGGGGUUGCAGGUGGAGAGUAUUGAGUUGAGUGAAGUAAGGGGAGAGCGAACGUUAUGUGUUGUGAGGUACUGGAGUUUAUCUGGGAUUAUCGGGAUAUUGGAGUUUCAUUAACAAUGUAUUGAACUUAGUAGGUAGCAUGGAUAUAGGGACUUGACCAGUCAUAUUGACGGACAUUGAAGUACUUUGAACCUGGAAACAUAUGUAAUACCCG